AUGGAGAGAGGGAGAGACAGAGAGACUGUGGAUGAAGUAACAGGUGAGAAAGAAGAAGAAGAAGAAGAAGAAGCACAAGAAGGAGAGAAAAGCUUUUUGAUCAGAAUGGAUCAAGGAGAAAGAGAAGUUCCAAAUUACGAGCUACAAGUCUCUUUCUCUACACCACAGGCAAUCCAUGAGAUGGGUUUUGUUCAAUUUGAAGAAAACCAGGUCUUGAGCUUCUUGGCCACUUCACAAUCUUCUCAGAUAUCUCAGCCUCUCAAUACUAAUACUACUACAACCACCAAUAUUCACAUGGGGUUUAGUAAUAAUGACCAGCAGGUGGGGACAUUGGAUCCGAAGGCUUCUAGUGAUGAGAACUGCACUGGUAACAACAACGAUGGCAACAAUUCAUGGUGGAGAAGCUCAUCCUCAGACAAGAACAAGUUGAAAGUGAGGAGGAAGCUUAGAGAGCCAAGAUUUUGUUUUCAAACAAGGAGUGAUGUGGAUGUUCUUGAUGAUGGUUAUAAAUGGAGAAAAUAUGGCCAGAAAGUUGUCAAAAACAGCCUUCAUCCAAGGUAA